AUGUAUGUUCAUGUAGAAAAUGGACAAGAAAGUUUUGAAGCAUUUAAACGAAAACAUCUUCGACAAAACCGAGAAAUUAUUCGCCUGAAUAUGUUACAAUCUGUAAAAGUACGGCAAUUAGAAAUAGAAACAGGACGUCUUUUACAGGAAAAUUUUGAGCUUCGUGCAUCAUUAAUAUCUCUUCAAGAACAGCAUGAAAAAGAAAAAAAACGCUCUCAAUCUGAAGAGCUUGGAGUUCUAAAAAAAAUUCUUGAAAAUAAAUUAUCAGAAAUAACAGAUAUUGUACAAAAUAUGCUGCCAGAAUCAUCUUUUAUAGAAAAUGUUAAAAACCAUGACAAGUUGGAAAAAUUGAAUAGAUCCCUUUCAUCAUUAAAUUCUAUGCAAUCAGAAACUUAUUUGAAUGAAAAAUUGAAAAAAAAGACUUGUGAGGCAAAAAAAAUAGAAAAAAAUGCUAAGAAAAGUUUUAAUAAACCUUUAAACAAUAAACAAACUAAUACUGGUCUUGUCAAUUCAACAUAUACAAGUAUAGCUGAUGAUAAAAAUAACAAUACUAUAAGUGAAUCUAUGUAUUUAGAUGAUUCGCCAUUUACUUAUAUUGAAAAAAAUACGAUCAAUUUUGCAGACAAAAAUAUAGAACCAAAACAAAUAAAAGGAAAAAAAACACCUGAUUGUAAAAAAAUCUGUCAAAACAUAGAAAGUAAUGAUACUUCUGAUGAUUUUAUAUAUACUAAAACUAAAACAAUUACAAAAGAUAAAAAAGAAAUAGAACUAUCUCUAAAGACAUCUAAUUGCAAGAAAACAAAAGAUAUAAGUGUAGAAAAGGAAAAUAUUUUUAAAUAUGAAUUAUCUUAUUUAAAAGAAAAAAAAAAUAUAGAGAAUAAUUCAAUAAAAAAUGUAAAAACUAGUGAAACUACUACUAGAAAAAUAUUAGAACUAAAACCAUCUAUUGCUAAUAAAAAAUUCGAAGCAGAGAACGAAUUAAACAUUUCAGAAAAAACUAAAACGAAGAAUUCAGCUUUACAUAAUUCAGAAUCAUUGGACUUUUUAUCUCCAGAAAGAAGAGUUGGUAGAACAAAAAAGCCUAUUAAUUAUACAUUGCCUAGUCUAAAAACAAAAAUGCGCAGAGAUGAUAUACAAACAGAAGAAGAAAAUAUAAAUAAAAAUUAUUCUAAAAAGAAAAAUAUUUCUGAAGAUCAAUUAAAAAAUUCAUUCGAAGAAUCUAAUGCAAGAUUAUUACAUAAAAAAGAGAAAAAUACUGAUAUAUCUUUUUCAUCUCAAACAAAAUAUGAAAAAACACCAUCUGUUAUAAUACAAAAAACGGCAUUAUUAUCAAAACAAAUCCCUUUUACACCAUCCAUACAUACUCAGAAAAAUUCAAAAUCCAAAAAUCAAUCCAUUCUUGAAUCAUCUAUUAAAUUUAAUGAAAAAACAACAGAAGAAUUUGAUUCUUUAUCCAGUUUUGAUGAAGAACUAGAUAUCGAUAUACCUUGUAUGAAUAAAAAAAAAAUAACCAGUGAUUCAGAAUCUCAAAUAUGUGAAGAAAAUAAAAAUCAAAGAACAACUCAUGAAUUAUCAAAAAUAAAAAAUCCCUUAUCUUUUAUAUCAGAAUACAAGGAUAUACAAAGUCAAAAUGAAAUUCUUACAAGACGAAAAAGCAUGUUAGCAUAA